GACCGUCUAUAUAUAUCCCUUCGUACUAUCAUUGAAAUACAUCCUUUCUAAUCGCAGACUCUGUCAAGAUGUGCAAACACGUUCUAAACGCUCAGGUGUCCAUCCGUUCUCCGUGCUGUCGAAAGUGGUUCGAUUGCGCCGAAUGCCAUCAAGAACAAGAAUCUCAUCCUUUGAUGCAAUCAUUUGAUAUGACCUUUGCAUGCAAAAAGUGCAAAAAAUGCUUUCGUAAAGAUACAUCCGAGUUCGAAGAAAGUGAUGAAUAUUGUCCGCACUGUGACAACCAUUUCGUUAUUGAAGCAAAGACUCCCCAGGCUUCGCUACAAGUGGAGGGCGAGGACGUUCGUAUGGACGCGAGAAUGCUCAAAGAUGAUCGCGUUCGAGGCGACGCAGAACGAUCUAUAUUCAAUAUUCGAGAUGCAGCAGACAGACUGGGAUAAGCAGGCGGAAGGCGAUAACGACGAAACGAACCUUAAUAUUCGAAUGCAUACUCUUUGAUACGGCGUUUUCCUUCUGUCUAUAAAUAUUUUGGUCGCGAUCAGGUGUAAUCAGCGCGUCUACAUGCAAAUACUGUACCAAGGACUUCCG